GAUGCUUUGUUCCUUUUUUUAUCAAUCCAUGGGUUUCAGGUGUCAAAGCUAGAGGAAGAAAUAAGAUAGAGAAAAAAAGAGUGUGUAUGUGUGUGAGAAGAGAAAGAACGAGACCCUACAUCGUUGACAAAAUUAGAGCUCGCGCGCGCCUGUGAUGCGUUGCGUUACCUCAGAUCCAGGCAACUAAUGGUGGUAUGUGGAAAAGGGUGUCUUCUUUUUAGGGUUUCCUUGUGAUUCUUGAGGCUUUACCUUUUCUGGGUUUCUUUCUCAUGACCCAUUUCUUCUUUCUUGUGUUUAGGGAUAAGGGGUGUCUUUGUUUUUGAAAUUUGUUUCUUUUUAACUGGUGGGGUUUGGUGUAAUAUGUUUUUAUGCAGAUAAAAGGUUGUGUUUUUGUUUUUUGUUUUUGUUUUAUUGUUUUCAGGCUGUUUCUCUCUCAUUAGAGUUGACAAAGGUGGAUGGGGUUGUAAUGCUUGAGAAGGGUGUUGUGGCAAUUGGCAUAGCUAUUUAUGAUUAGCAUUUCCGAAAAUGGAAGAUGGGAUGCUUUGAUGUUGACUAGAUCUGAGUGCCCCAUUUCACUUUCACCACCUUUUAGCUAGUUCAUGCUUUGCAUCGCCUGAAUUUGCUUCCCCUUUUGUCUUGUAGGGCUCAUUAGGAAUGGAAAAUGCCACCCUUUCACAUUCUAAGAUCCUAUUCAAUCUCAAAAGCAGGUGCAAAUUUAGUUGAAGUAUGACAGGUUUUGUGAUAGCAGAGGGGUGGGAGGGUAACUUUUUGUCCUACCUAGAUAGGGAUUUCAAUGGAGGAGAUGUCAUUUGUGGUUGCAGUGCCAUUAAGAGUAGGUAAUUGUUGUUCAGUCUGUGAUAACACAACCAUAGUUCCCCACAUGGAUGUAUCCAGGUUUAAGCUGAUGGCGGAUACAGGGUUGUUAUCUAAUUCUGUAACUAAGGUUUUCACCAAGACAGUUGCAGGUUCCGAUGAUUGUGAUGAUAGUGGCAAUUUAGAGGAUGAAGCUGGAAUUACUGAGGUUAUACCACCAAAACAGGAUAGAGAAGGAGAGAAUCCUGUGUUAGAUAUGAUAUCUGAAGAUAGAAGCACUUUGGUUGGUGAUGAAGUGUUAGCCGAUGAAAUUGAGGAAGAUUCAUUGUCAUUGGAAGGUGAUCAGGUUGUUGAUAGCUCAUGUUCUCUUUCGGCAGUCAGUGAGAACAGUAGUGUGUGUGGAGAGGAGUCCUUGUGUUUCGAUGCUACUUCAGAUGUUGGGACACCAUUUUCUGCUUAUGUAGAUAAGAGCAUUGGUGCUGUCAAUAUUGCUGCCGAGGCAGUUGAUUUGGAGGAAUCAAAUGUUGACACAGAUAUUACAACAGAACCUCUUGCUGCGGCAGUGAGCCUUGAAGAAGAGAAUGGAAUUAGAACUGGCCCUAAGCCUUCUGAUGCCGUUCUUCAUCAGUUGCCUCAGGAAAAGGGGGUGAGUGGAAUGGUUGGUCGGAGUGUUUUUGAAUUGGAUUAUACCCCACUUUAUGGAUUCAUAUCUGUGUGUGGAAGAAGACCUGAGAUGGAGGAUGCACUUGCAACUGUACCUCGAUUUAUGAAAAUUCCUAUUCAGAUGCUAAUUGGUGAUCGGGUGCUUGAUGGAAUAAACAAGUGUUUUAGUCAGCAGACGACUCAUUUCUUUGGAGUCUAUGAUGGCCAUGGUGGCUCUCAGGUUGCAAAGUAUUGUCAAGAUCGUAUCCACAAGGCUUUGGCCGAGGAAAUAGAAUUUUUCAAGGAAGCUCUAAUCAGUGGAAGUAUGAAGGAAGGUUGUCAAGAUCAGUGGAAAAAAGCUUUAACCAAUUGUUUCAUAAAGGUUGAUGCUGAAGUUGGAGGGAAAGUUGAUAAUGAACCUGUUGCCCCAGAAACUGUUGGUUCCACUGCUGUUGUUGCUGUUAUUUGUUCAUCUCAUAUCAUAGUUGCAAAUUGUGGUGAUUCAAGAGCGGUUCUAUGUCGUGGCAAAGAACCCAUUGCAUUAUCGGUGGACCAUAAACCCAACCGACCUGAUGAGUAUGCAAGAAUUGAGGCAGCUGGAGGAAAAGUGAUUCAAUGGAAUGGUCAUCGUGUAUUUGGUGUUCUUGCAAUGUCAAGGUCUAUCGGUGAUAGAUAUUUGAAGCCAUGGAUUAUUCCAGAACCAGAAGUUAAAUUUCUUCCCCGCACAAAAGACGACGAGUGUCUCAUUCUGGCCAGUGAUGGUCUGUGGGAUGUGAUGACGAACGAAGAGGUGUGUGAUCUUGCCCGGCGACGGAUAGUUCUCUGGUACAAGAAAAAUGGCUUGGAACAACCAUCGUCAGAAAGGGGAGAGGGAGUUGAUCCUGCUGCACAAGCAGCAGCAGAAUACCUAUCAAACCGUGCACUUCAGAAAGGAAGCAAAGAUAACAUCACCGUGAUUGUGAUUGAUUUGAAACCCCAAAGGAAAUAUAAGAGCAAGUCAUGAUGUGAUGAUACUCUUGGACUUGAACUGCUCUUGGUUAUUUGAAGAAUGAUAGAAAUCUUAAAAUAUAAUAUAAUCCAAUAUAGUUUUGCCCUCUAAUUUUUCAGCAGGGCAUUUCCCUUAGCUCAACAAGAUUAGGACAAUGUACUAUAUAAUACAUAUCCACCCAGCUUCCCUAGAAACUCUCAACUCUCAACUCUCAACUAAUCAAGAGUCUCCUUGUUUACUGUGCUGCAUUGGGGACUUAUUGUAUUCAUUGUUAUGCCUCCGAGUGCAAAGGCUCUGAGAGGCAUUUUACUUAAUAUGACUGUAGUCUGUGUGUUCAUAAAGAAACAGUAGCUAAUUGGCAAAAGUGGCUUUUAUGGUGUGAUCCACUGUCAGGUUUUACUGUUUCCUGAUUCCUCAUUUCAAUGAUGCAGCAAAAUGGAGCUUGGUCAAGAAGUGUUUGUGGGUGGUGGAUUCAUAUCAAUGGCCAUGAUCCAAAGUCCAGUGCUUACAUUACACUCUAGCAAUGAUGGUGGGAGACAAGGACAAACAGGGGUGCCUAAGAAGAAUAACAGUUCCUUUAUUCUUUUUGGGGACUAUGAAUGGUGUACCUGUGCAUAAUGUUUUGAUCAUGAUCAACAAAUUUCAGAAAGUAACUAGUUGUAAAUAGGAAUUAUUGGUGCACACUCAUCUUUCAUGCAUUCUUCUCCCAAGGAAUAUUUUAUUUUCUUGUAACAAUCUUUUUCAACUUGUUUUACUUAAUAUUUUGGUUUACAUUGAA